AUGAUGUUUGAUAGUUUCACACGUCGUCGCCUAUUAUUCUUUCUGUUCGCUAUAUUAUUUGUUAUAUUAAGUAUUUUAUUUUUUGCUCGUAUUGUCCCAUCAUAUUCAAAACAUUCAUCAAUGAAAAAUAGCGAUGAACAACUCACAAGCGAAUGUUAUUUAAGUGAACCAGUCGAUGUAUUAACACUAUGUCAAAAAUGUACACUCUAUGAACGUCGGUCAAAAGCAAAAGCUUGUUUACCAACUGGUUAUAAAGAAUUAAUACUUUGCUCAAAAUCAAAUAUAAAAACAAUUCGUUCAUGUCCAAUGCCUAUUCAUGUUCAAAGACAAAAUUUUUGGUUGUUCGAAAGUGUUAUGUUUAUAUUUGCAUUAUUCGCUAUGGCGAAUGUUAAUUUUCGUCAAAAAACAUUAGAUAAACAAAUGAUUGAGAGAAUAAAAAGACAGAUUGGUGAAAAUGAUGAAUGA